AUGUAUAUUUCUGGAGAAACGUUCCAUUCAACAAGGAAUAAAAGAGUUAAACUUCCAAGGCACAAUCGAAAUCAAAAUAAUAACAAUAACGUACAACUUAACAAAAAACGUCCUUCCAUGCCAUAUUGGAAAUCAUUCGAUUUUCCAACAAUUGAUAGUUCCCAGGUUCAAUCAUGGUCUCCUUCUCAACUUAUCACACAUUUACGUACAAUGUUCACCACCAAAGGUUAUUUUAAACGUGAUUUGUGGACGGAAUCACUUUCACAAAAGUUUUUGUCUCUGCAGAUUGAUGGUAAUAAACUUUUGAAGAUGGAUCGAAGUGAUUUAAUAAAGAUCGUUGGUUGUGCUGAUGGAAUAAAAAGAUUGGUUAUUGGGAUAUUGGAAGGAGAGGUGAUCAGGUUGAAUGGACGAUAUGAAGACGAGAUUUACCAUGAUCCUGGUGGGAUCUUUAGUGGGUUUGAUGCGUGCAAAACACAAAUUUAUACACUACAAACGAAGACCGUCAAUGAUGACAAGUUUUUUCGCAAAGUUCUAGUUCGAAAAUUAAAUACAGUACCACCGGCUCACAACCUUCGUCGGUAUCUUUCUAGCCCUUUAACGUUACGAAUACCCAUACAAUCAAUUUAUCUUCGACUUUACCAAAAAGCAAUUCCGGAAAUUUUUUGCUAUUUGAUCCCACAAGAACAAUGUUUGGAUCAGCGCAAUAACUUGAUGACAGCACCUAUGUUAUCAUUGCCUUUUAUUAAUGCAAUAAGUUUACCAUGUCAUGAUAUGGUGUUAUCAAAUUAUACAAUUGUUAUCGAUUCCCUCAUUCAAGGUACCCUCUCCGUCCUCCAUUUCGGAACACGAAAAUGGCUCUACAUGGAUCGAUCAUCAUCAUUUCACUCACCUGAAGAUAUAUUUCGUCCAGAUUGGAUGUGUUGGAUAAACGAACUUUUAUUGGUCUUUCAAGGAAUCCAACUUGCCGAAGGAACUGAUUGGCAAAUGGGAAUAUCUUUCCUUCAUUCAAAAAUCCAUUGGAAAUCAAUGUACUAUGGGAAUUUACCAUAUAUGUUUGCUUAUAUUUCCAAAGGAUCGAAACUACGAUUUUUCAUUUUUAGUCCAAAUCUCGAAAUGACAACUCCGUUAACUCAGAUUUCACAAGAAUUUAACUUAGAUUCCAUAAUGGAUCGGUUUGGAAUUAUAAAAACCGUCAUUAACAUAUACUCAAUUCUUGAAACAAUUUACAGAAAUUGGAAAAUUUAUGUUUCUAUAACACAUAUACCCUCAAUAUCAUCACUUCAUCCUUUAUAUCUAUCCGUACAACGAAAUGGUGAAACUAUUAUUGAAUUCUUUGGAGAGUUUGUGAAAAAAACCAUCUCUUCGAAUUUAAUGAAUCAAUUUUUUAAGUUUGAGACUUUGUGCGCGAUGUAUAGUGAUACUAAACAUAUUAAAAAUUUGGUGCAUUGUGUGGAUACUAAUGGAAAUUUUGACUUGCCUAUGAGAGAAAAAGAUGGUGCUUGUAGGAUACUGAUUCAGCCAGUCGGAUACCAUUAUUAUCCGACAGAUGAGGAAGAAUGGAAGAGUUGUUUGAGAACUGUGUUGGAAGUGCUUCAUGACAUGCAUAAAGUCGGAUGGACGCACCGAGAUAUUCACUGGGGAAAUAUAAUGAAACAUGAUAGCAAUUGUACCAAGAAACGAGAUAAAGAUAAUAAUGAUAUGAAGAAGCAAGGUUUAUAUAAUGAUGUUGGGCAAGUUACUGUUGUGAAACGAAAUUAUAUUGAUGAUGAAUGGCUGCUAAUCGAUUUAGAAAUGGGUGGAAGAGUUAAUGAAGUGUUAGAUCUCACCCUGUGGGACCGCUGGCCUGAGAAAGCAGAAAAAGGACAAAUUUACAAAGCUUGUUACGACGUAUGGCAAAUUGAGAGAAUGUUGCAUGAGGUGGGUGAUAACGAAUUUAAAACAUUUUCCAAAUAUUUUUGGAAACUUAGGAAUUUGUUACAAAGAGCAGCAAUAGACGAAAUCUCAGCUGCGGAAGCAUUGAGAUGCGAGUGGUUUGUUAUUGAUAAUGAAUUUAUUUGGUGA